AACAAGAUCUCUCUCUCUCACACACAUUCUCUCUCUUCCGGAAAGGAACAAGAAUGGGGAGUUCCAUGGAAAGUAAUGGGAAUGUGAAUAUUAAUCAGGCCCAAGUGAUCAGCGACGAAGAAUACUUCAAGAACAUCCCUGUUGGGUACCGGUUUCAUCCCAGUGAUGUGGAGCUUACGCAGUAUUUGAUGAAGAGAGUCUGGAACGAGCCGCUGCCGCGGAACAGGAUCCAUGAGGUUAAUUUAUACGGUUUCAAUCCUGAGGUUCUUGCUGAAAAUUUCACUCCAAGUGGGGAGAACGAGUGGUACUUCUUCACUCCUAGGGAGAAAAAGUACAGAAACGGGAGUCGGCCAAGAAGGGAUGCUGGAGGUGGAUACUGGAAGGCCACUGGUGCUGACAAACAAAUCAUGUGCAAUAGUGAAAAUAUCAGUUCUAAAAAGUCAUUGUUCUACUACAUGGGGAAACCUCCGGGGGGUGAGAAGACCUGUUGGAUGAUGCAUGAGUAUAAGCUCAGCAAUCCCCCGCCCCCCGUACGAACAUCAGAGAAUAGUAUGAGGUUGGAUGAUUGGGUUCUAUGUCGAUUGGUCAAGAAGCGCGUAGUAGUGAAGAAAUCAGAAACAAAAGGCAAUGAAAAUGAACAACAGGCCAGUUCAGGCAACAGCAGGAGUAUGGAAACAGACAACAUUGAAGAUGAACAAGCGGAGGAAGAAAUCAGCCAUGACACAACAUUGAGAAUCCCCAUUGAAGCAUCACAACGCCCGGCCAAGAAGCGCCUAGUAGUGAAGAAGCGCCUAGUAGUGAAGAAAUCAAAAACAAACGGCAAUGAUGAUGAACAACACGCCAGUCCAGGCAACAGCAGGAGGAUGGAAACAGACAACAUUGAAGAUGAACAAGCGGAGGAAGAAAUCAGCCAUGACACAACAUUGAGAAUCCUCAUUGAAAAUCAAGCUCCAAUUAAGAGAGAAUUCCCUCAGUAUUCUUUGAGAAAUAAUAUUCCAGGGCUGAUUUCUAGACAACAAGAAGUAGAUAGUUCAAAUCCAAAUCCAGCUCCAGUUCAUCAUGAAUUUCCAGGGCCAUAUUUCCAGGGUCAAGAAGAAGGUCCUCUACCUCAAAUUCAAGCUCCAGCUCCAGUUCAUUAUGAAUUUUCAGGGCCAUCUUUCCAGGGUCAAGAAGAAGGUCCUCUACCUCAAAUUCAAGCUCCAGCUCCAGCUCCAGUUCAUCAUGAAUUUCCAUGGACAACUUUCCAGGGUCUUUUACCUCAAAUUCAAGCUCCUGCUCCAGUUCAUCAUGAAUUUCCAUGGACAACUUUCCAGGGUCUUUUACCUCAAAUUCAAGCUCCUGCUCCAGUUCCAGACCCGGGUAGCCUGGAGGAGGAAUUCCCUGAACUUAUGGGACUAGGUAUAAAUGAGGGAUGGGAUUUGGAUUCUCUUUUUCCUAAUAAGAGGGAAGCACCCUAUCAAUGGCCCCAAUCCGACCCAAAGUGGCAAAGAUAUAAAGAUCUUUCACACUAGUUGGCGGAA